GCGUUUGUUAACACUCAAUAGACAAAUAGGCCUCGUUCUUAAUAUAUAUUUGAUUUCAAUGCAAAAUAUCAAUAAGCUAAUAUACAAAGUAUAUAAAGGAGAUAAAAGAGAGAGAGAGAGAGGAGAAAGGACAAAGAAGAGUGUUAAAAUCAUGAAGAGGGAGCGAGUUACAACACGAAUACAAUUUGUAGAACUUUGUUGGUAAGCUUUUGCUACCAACACACUGGCUACUGUAUGCACGCGCUCUGUCUGUUCUUUGUUCAUUCUCUUUGUGCCUUGGUAAUGACUUGCGUGCAUCGGCGUUGCACAGUGAGCGAUUCGCUGUUGCAAGUAUACGGGACUGGCAGUCAAUGUCGAAUGCGCAGAGUGCACUGACCCGUGAGACGCUACCGUAACGAUGGUCGUUGACCGUGACUAAAACGAUCUAUUCAUCGAUUCAUGUUUACAUUGACACUUUAACGCAUUUUUCGAGAAACAGUGUCAUUCUUCAUCACUGGCCAAAUCAAUCUCGCUGUUGCCUUAACGAACAAAAAGUGGAUGAACAUGUCAUUGAAAGUAGCGGGAAGUUCUCCCGCGAAAAUCGUAAACAAAGACGAGCAACAACAACAACAGGACUUCUCGUUGGGUCUUGAUAAGGACGCCAGUGAGCACAGCAUCUCUAGCAUGAUGUCCUGCGUGUCCAUCUCGCCAAAACACGCGGAAAGCAGCCUGCGAGUUAUGGAGAGCUACUUUCACAAACAGCAGCUAACAGACGUCACGUUGAUUGCUGGAAAUAGACGUGUCCCAGCUCAUCGAUUAGUACUCAGUGCUGGUUCUGAAUAUUUUGCUGCCAUGUUUACAAGUUCCCUACGAGAGUCAGCACAAAAUGAAAUAGAAUUAAUGGAUGUGGAUGGAGAUGCAUUGUGGGCUUUAGUUCUUUAUUGUUAUACUGGUAGUAUAGAAUUACAAGAAGAUAGUGUAGAGACCCUUCUUGCAACAGCUUGUCUAUUACAGUUGAACCCAGUUAUCAAAGCAUGUUGUCAGUUUCUCAUCAAGCAACUUCAUCCAAGUAAUUGCUUGGGUAUACGAAUGUUUGCCGAUACACUAAGUUGCACAGAAUUAUUUGAACAUGCACACGCAUAUACAACAAAACAUUUCAUGGAAGUUACAAAAAAUCAAGAAUUCUUACUCCUGUCUGCCAACGAAGUUGCCAAAUUACUAGAAUCUGAAGAUCUUAAUGUACCUUCAGAAGAAACUAUUUUCCAUGCCCUUAUGACUUGGUUGGAUUAUGAUCGAGAAAAUAGGAGUAAAGAUGCUAGCAAAUUAUUAAGUCUAGUCAAAUUACCAUUAUUAUCACCUGCGUUUAUAGCUGACAAUAUUGAGAGCAACGAAAUGUUCAAAGACCAAAGGAUAGCGCAAGAAUUAGUGAUGGAAGCAUUGAAAUAUCAUUUGUUGCCUGAGCGAAGACCCUUGCUUCAAUCAGGUAGAACAAAACCCAGGAAAGCUACUGUGGGUACGUUAUUAGCUGUUGGAGGGAUGGACAUUAAUAAAGGCGCGACGUCUAUAGAUGCAUUUUCAUUGCGCGAUAACGCUUGGAGAUCUCUAGCUACUAUGAGUGCCAGAAGACUGCAAUUUGGCGCAGUAAUAGUCGAUAAGAAAUUAAUCGUCGCGGGCGGUAGAGACGGUUUGAAAACACUGAACACGGUAGAAUGCUUUGACUUUUCUACUCUUACCUGGAGUUCUCUGCCACCUAUGAAUGUUCACCGUCACGGAUUAGGAGUAGCAGUGUUAGGGGGACCCUUGUAUGCCGUUGGUGGUCACGAUGGCUGGAGUUUUCUUGAUACGGUAGAGAGAUGGGAUCCGGCAACGCGCCAGUGGAGUUCGAUAUGUAACAUGUCCAUACCAAGAUCUACGGUUGGUGUGGCUGUGUUAAAUGAUAAAUUAUAUGCCGUAGGAGGAAGAGAUAUCAGUUCCUGCUUAAAUACCGUGGAAUGUUAUGAUCCGCACACUAAUAAGUGGACUCCGUGCGCACCAAUGUCAAAAAAACGAGGGGGUGUGGGCGUAGGAGUAGUAAAUGGAUGUUUGUACGCAGUCGGUGGUCAUGACGCACCGGCCACUAAUCCUAAUGCUAGUAGAUUUGAUUGUGUAGAAAGAUAUGAUUAUAAAACCGAUACUUGGACCAUGGUUGCACCAAUGAGCGUACCCCGAGACGCUGUUGGUGUGUGCGUGCUAGGCGAUCGACUUAUGGCUGUUGGGGGAUACGACGGUCAACAAUAUCUCACGCUAGUAGAAGCUUACGAUCCACAUCUCAACGAGUGGGAACCCGUUGCGCCUCUUAAAGCUGGCCGUGCAGGACCCUGUGUUGUCGUCAAAAAUUUAACUAGUGAUAUUAUUUAGCUUAUACAGAGCUAAAUAAUAGCUAGAUCAUUUUUAUAUGUAUUUCAGAGAUAUAACAAAAUUUAGUAUCUUGUGAUGUUGCAUGUAUGCUAAAUGUAAUUGAUAUUUUUCUAGAAUAGUUUUCUCUAUGAUAACUGUCAGUAAGAAUAAGUAUUAUUUUUUGUUUCGUGUGUAAGCAAUUUUUAUAACUUUUUUAUACGAUUUUUUAAUAUUAUUAUAUUGUAUCAAAGAAAUUCCAUAUUAUUGUAACCACCAAAUAUGUUACUUUACUGACUAUUACUCGGCAAUAUUUGGAAAUUUGUACAUGUAUAAUACUAUUUUUUUAUUUUUUUAAAUUAAGUUUUAAUUAAUGUUACAGUUGAUUUUGCUAUGACAAGUGGUUGUGUUAAAAAAUGUGUUUGUAUUUCUAUAUUUUUUAGACAUAAAAGAGAUAUAUAAAAAAAGAGUAAGAGACGCAAAAAAGAUUUUUCGUAAAAUACAACAUGUAGAAAUUCUCUCGUAAGAAAUAACAUUUUAUAUUUUUAUGAAUUAUAUGUAUAGUCGAACUUUUUUGGUAAUAUUUAAUAGCAACACAUGCGUGCGCGGAUGCGUGAAUGAAUUUAUAAUUAAUGAAAAAACUUGAUGUGCGCGACAGGAGGAGGAUGAUGGUGGAAAAAGGAAGAUAAUUAUUAAAAAAAAAACAAAAAAUCGCAAUUGUUGAGAGAUUUGACUGUAUAUAAUAAAUUAUAGUUUACUACAAAUGAGAAAUGUAAAAAGAAGAGAAACUGCAAAAAUAUAAAUACUUUUGAUAUUGUUUUUGUAAUAAAUUAUACUGAUAACUUUAUAAACAUAUCAAUGUCUACUAUUCUUAAUCUUUAAUGAAAAAAUGUGCAC